AAAAAUUGCCCGCACCCAAAAAUGCUCGUCCGGCAUCUUUCCGCGUUGACGCUCGCCUUGGCCCUCCUCUGGUACCGCAGCGGUCGCGUCCUCCGUGCCAACGUCCUCGACAUCCCGCCGCUCCCCCAAGGCUACUUCCAGGGCGGCGACUGGCAGACCCACUGCUCGCUCGUCACCGACGAGACACAAGACGAGCUCAGGUACUGCGAAGACAUCACCUUCUGGGACUACGUCGAUGCCAACGGCACGCAGACGGACCGCCACGUCCUUCUCGGAUGCGACCCGAACCGCAAAGCGUGGAACACCGUCAUGGGCCCCCUGCGCGAUCCGGCGCCGCGCGGGCACCUCUUUCUCUAUCCAGCGUGGACCGGUAAACCCGCGACCUCGAAGCCGCAGAAGCUGAAGCUGGUCGGCUACCCGCCGCACCACGACUUCCACCCGCUCGGGCUCGAGGCGGCACCCAGCCGGGGCGACGGGCAGCCAUCGAACCUCUUCGUGGUGAACCACGCGCGCGACGCGUCCACGAUCGAGCACUUUCUCCUGGACCCGAGCAGGCCAGACGAGGCGCGGUACGUGCGCACGCUGCGCUCGCGCUGGCUCGUCGCGCCGAACGCGAUCGCGCUCACCGGGCCGAGCUCGUUCUACGUGAGCAACGACCACCUGCUGACGCGCCGUCUCCCCGGCCCGCUGGGGCGCGUGCUGCCGCUGCUGGAGACGGUGCUCGGGCUGCCGCUAGGCUGGGUCGCCCACUUCACCAUCGACGAGACCACCGGAAGCGUGCUCGAACACGCGCUCAGCGCCCCAGGUAUCCCCUUCGCGAACGGCAUCUCGCUCUCCCCCGACGGCCGCACGCUCGCCGUCGCAUCCACAUCCACCGCACAGCUCCUCUUCUACACCCGCGACCCGUCCACGAACUCCCUCACGCACGCGCACACAGUCGCGCUCCCGUUCCUCCCCGACAACAUCCGCUACGACGACACAGGCGCGCUCCUCGCUACCGGCCACCCGCACUUUCCCUCCCUCGCCGCCGUCGCCUCCUCCCCCUCCCCCUCCUCCUCCCCCCCCUCUGAUGACGCAACAAGCCCAAGCUGGACCGUAUCCCUCACCCACCUCCCCGCAAUGAACCUCGCCAAUCCAGCCGCAUACGCCAAGCGCAUCUACGACUCCCGCGCCCCGCUCUCCGCGUCCGCGCUCGUGCCUGCCGCGCCCAUGGCGCACGACGUCGAGACCGUGUUCCAGAGCGACGGUACAUCCACCAACGGGAUCGGGAUGAGCUCGUCGUCGACGGCGCUCCGCGAUCCCAUGACGCACAGCGUGUACGUUGUCGGGCUGUAUGGCGAGGGUAUGUUGAUUUGUCGCUGAGGUGGCGGAGGGAGAGAAGCGUCUGCGACUAUCAGCAUUGUGCGAUGUCCAGCUUUCUUCACGUCAACUUCUACCUAUCUACCAACGUGCACGACCCCAGCGGAGCAUGGAGCAUAGAGAUACGAAUGUCGUUAUUGAGCAUAUAUACCUCCAAGGAGAGCUGGACAUCACAUCACAUCACAUCACAUCACAUGUACAAACGGACAGGACAGGACAAAGCAAGAAGAAGAAAGAAAGGUGAGGGUAAGUCAAGGCGAGGCACGACGACGAGAGACGUUAUGUGAUGAAAUACGUUAUGAAAGAACCGCGAUCAUCCAUCAUCGUCAUCAGCCAGCGUCGGCGCACAGGUUCGGCUAACAGAAGAAACUAGAAUGUAUCGCAGCAGAGGACGCGUCGCGAGCACUAUGGACAGGCCGACUAGGGAUUAAGAGAACAACACAACAGGGAGGGAGGGGGUCAACUCGGGAGGCCACACACAAAAGAGAGAGUGAGAGAGAUAAGAGACGAGGAGAUGGGGCGAUAGACAUUAGGCAUAGGCAUUAGACAUCAGAUCGGACCGGAUCACAGGAAGUUGGGCAGAUACGAC